UGUUCAUGUCGACGCAGACCACGAGACUUCCUCGUUUCCGGUGAAAACGUGCUGAUGGACGAAAUGUCAGCAGGUUUCCACCCGAAAAGAGGGAGAAGGUCUCGUGGACUGCGUCGACAUGAAUAUCGUAUGAAAGCCAAACGGCUGCGGUACAACAAGAUUCAUCCGUCCUCAUCUGGUCAGAUCGACCAAAGAAUAUCUUCUUCAUGCACUAUCAUACCAACUGAAAAACUCCUCAAAGCUGAAUCUCGCAAUGAUCUGGCAGAGGCUAUCGACAAGAAAGAGGACGAUUCAACAGAUGAGCUCAACCGGAUGCCACUAGACGACAAUGCACGCAAACUCAUCCCGGCCUACUCUGGCCAUAUGGUACUACCCAGGCAUGCUGUUCCUAGACUUAUGCUUUAG